CAGUGUGUUUUUUAACAAUUUCUAAAUUAAGAAAAUUAAAUAAUUGUUAAAGAUAACCAACAACAACACAAAAAAUAUAUUUUAAAAACAAAUAAAAAGUAAAUAAACGAGUGAGUGUUAAUAAUAACAGCAACGAGAAAAAAUAAGAACAAUAAAAAAUAACACCGCUGCUUAAUAUUUUGCUAGUCUAACAUUUGUCAACAAAAACAAACAAAAAAAAAGUACGCAAAAUAAAAAAAAAAAACAGCAACAACAAUUAAAAUAUAAAUGUCAAUAAAUAAAAACAAUAACAAAAACCGGCAUUUUAUGACGUCAUUUCUUAACAACACACAAACUCUACACAAAUCAAUAACACAGCUACUCUCAUGUUGAAGAGAGCUUUAAACAAAAGAGCAUUAAGCUGUUUUAUAACAGUAAAUCUAUACAAUAACAGCAACAACCAUAACAACUACUUACUACAAGGAAAUUAAUUAACAAAAAAAAAAAAAACAAAGUGUUUGGUGAAAAAUUUGCAAAAACAACAAAAACACAGAAGAGAAAAUUAUUAAUGAAAUAAUAAUUAAGAAAACAACAACCAUUUAAGGCAACUAGAAUUUCUGCUACUACAACUACAUUUUAACAAGAUCUUACUACAUCAACAAAAAUCCCCCACUCUCUCUCUAUCACUGUACACAACAAUGCCUGUAAUUUCUAAAUUUGUUUAACUAAAUGCUACUACAACCAACCGCUGAGAAAAUUCCUCAAAUAAAUAUUAAACAAGAAAAUAAAAGAAAAACCGUGAAGAAAAUUAGUUUUGUUGAAAAUUAAACCUGCUGCUUUUUCUAUAAGUUUUAAUUACAAAUUACAAAAAAAAAACAAAAAAAUAUUUAAAAAAAAAAAUAUUAAAAAGCUGCUGCUUGAAAUGCUAAAUAGAAAUUUCCCCUUAAAUAAAUUUUGAGUUGAAAACCGCUCCCCACUACAACAACCCUAGCCCGGAAUACCCCAAAAUCCUUUAAAACAUACAAAACAAACAAAAAAAGGUUUCGCCUACACUUUUGAAUUCAUCACAAAAAAUAUAUAAAAAAAUUCUAGUCAUUUUGGAAUUGUGAAAAUAAAGUUUUUAAUUUUUAUUUUUCAAAUCUACUACUACUUUUAAACGCAACCCUGCAAGUAAAGAAACAGCCGAAAAAAAAAUUAUUUUCAAACUUGUCAUAAUUAAAAAUUUGGCAACAAUUUUAAAAGAAAACAAAAAAAAAAUUUCAAAAGAAAUCAAAUCAAUUUUCAUUUAAAGAAACUGAAAUAGAAAAAAUAGAAAAACUAAACUAAAACAUCUUUAAAAUAUCAAAAUUAAUCCCUUUCCCUCCACCAAAACCAACCAUCAUCAUCCCCCUUAAGCUGACAGCGAGUGCGUGUGUUUGUGUGUCUAUCUAUUACAAUAAAUAAAUAAAUAAAUUUUUGCAUUAUCUGGUAAUAUAUUUUCUUUAUUGAUCCCGCUACUACGCCCUACCGUCUCUGUCAGUUGGCAGCUUUGUUUUUGGUUGUAAAAUUAAUUAAUUAAUUUAACAAAUCAUAAUAAUUAUAUAAAAAAUAUAUAUAUAUAAAAUGGCGGCUAUGGUUAAUAUGACCAGCCUUUUAAAUGGCAAAGAUUCACGUUGGCUCCAGCUAGAAGUAUGUCGGGAAUUUCAAAGAAAUAAAUGCUCCCGCCAAGAUACUGAAUGUAAAUUUGCCCAUCCGCCAGCAAAUGUUGAAGUUCAAAAUGGCAAAGUCACCGCUUGUUAUGAUAGCAUUAAGGGUCGUUGUAAUCGUGAUAAACCGCCUUGCAAAUAUUUUCAUCCUCCACAACAUUUGAAGGAUCAAUUGUUGAUAAAUGGCCGUAAUCAUCUUGCCUUGAAAAAUGCACUAAUGCAACAGAUGGGUAUUGCACCAGGACAGCCGGUUAUACCAGGACAAGUGCCACAAGUGGCCACAAAUCCUUAUUUAACUGGCAUACCUGCUAACACCUACAGUCCAUAUUUUGCACCUGGUCAUUUAGUGCCUGCCUUAUUGGGUCCUGAUCCUACAGCUGUCUCACAAUUGGGACCAGUUGUACCGCAAGCGGUACAAGUGGCUCAACAAAAAAUACCACGUUCCGAUCGAUUAGAGGUUUGUCGUGAAUUUAUGCGCGGUGCUUGCAAACGUGCCGAAUCUGAAUGCCGUUUUGCACAUCCGCAGGAGAGUGUUGCCAGACACGAUGAUGGUUCCAUUACGGUGUGCAUGGACGCCGUAAAAGGUAGAUGCACACGUGAUCCCUGCCGCUAUUUUCAUCCUCCCUUGCACCUACAGGCACAAUUAAAAGCGGCGCAAUCACGCGCCACCGCUGUUGCUGCAGCCGCUGCGACUGCACCUGUUUCCGUUUCCGCUGCAACUUUGACACAUCAUCAUCAACAACAACAACACCACCAACAUCAACAACAACUACAACAACAACAACAACAUAAUCAACAUCAACAACCACCACCUCUGCCACCUCCAACCAUCCCCACCAUGCCCGGCUCUUCACUUCCGGCUACACAGCAAACGAAUGUAGCGAAUGCAGCCGCAGCUGCUGCCAAUGCUGCAGCCGUCGCUGCCUUGACUUUAGGUCAACAGCAUCCCCUGGAAGUGGGCAAGAAACGUGCUGCCGAUACAGACAUGUUUCAAUUGAUGGAUGUUAAAACGGUUGGUUCAUUUUACUAUGAAAAUUUUGCUUAUUCUGGCAUGGUGCCCAUUAAACGUCCUGCUGCUGAAAAGUCUGGCAUUCCUGUGUAUCCCGGUGCAACAACAUACCAACAGUUAAUGCAAUUGCAACAACCAUUUGUACCAGUCUCAUGUGAGUAUCCCACUCAAAUUAGCACAAGCUCUACUACUACCGCUCCUACUACUAUCAAUUGUAAUUCUACUACUACUGCUGCUGCUGCUAGUGCUGCUACUACAGCAACAACUACAACAACACCAUUAGGUGCUAAUGUAACACACCACAACCACAAUCACCACCUUAAUCACCUACACCAACACCAACACAACCUACAACAAUUGUACAAUUUACAAAAUCCCAAUCUAUCCACAAAUAAUACCCAAACAAAUACCCAAAUCAUAAACACUACACAACAACAACAACACCAACAAUCCAUGUCCCAAUUAUCCAAUAUAAAUAGUAACUAUAAUCAUUUAUCAAAUAUUGCUAAUAAUCUAAAUAGUAAUCAUAUUAAUAGUAAUAAUAGUAAUUUGAAUAUGAUGAGUACAUAUAAUAAUAAUAAUACUAGUAACAGUAACAACAACAACAACAAUAAUAAUAAUAAUAGUAGUAGCAAUAACAACAGCAACAUUACAAACUCCAACAACAACAAUAAUAAUAAUAAUAAUAAUUGUCUAUCGUAUAUAAAUAAUAAUUUAAAUAAUAGUAAUAAUAGUCUUAAGUUGAUUAAUUAUCCAAAUACUACUACUACCACUACUGUUACUGCUGCUGCCACAGCUAUAGCAACAACUGCAGCAACAACAGCUGGUGGUAGUAUUAAUGAUAGUAUUUCUGGUAAUAAUACCAACUGUACUACUACAACACUCUCUUCUACUACUACUACUGCUACUACUGAUACUAGUAGUAGUAAUAUUUCUACUACAAUUGCUAGCACUACUAGUUCUGCUACUGCUACUACAGCAGCAGCAGAUACAGACAGUAUGAGUAGUUCUAAUGUUACUGCAAAUAAUGCAAUUGCAAAUAAUUACAACAGUAAUGAUCAAGAGUAUGACAGUGAGAACAACAAUAAUAAUAAUAAUGAUAAUGAAAAAGCUUUAACAACUACAGCAUCAUACUCGUCGUCGUCUUCGUCGCCUUCAUCACAAACUAUUAGCAAUACUACGGUAAAUGCCGCAUUAUUAAAUUCCCCAGAUGAUGUCGAGAAUGUUGAAAAGCUUAAUGAGGGCAUUACUACUUCUGCUAAUAACAGUACUACUACCACAACUUUUACCACUAAUAACAAUAAUAAUACCCUAAACUCAGCCAACACUAACACUCAAAGCUCUAAUGAAACCUAUAAAUAUUACAAUGGCUUAAAUGGUGAGAGCUUUAAGAAGACCGAGGAGAAAACUUACAAUGGUUCUCUCACAUCAACAGCUAUGAAUGGUUCCGCUGACUAUGCUGCAACAGCUGUCUCCUCAAGCUCGUCUUCAUAUCUAAAUGGCUAUGCCACCGCCACGUCUCAGCACUCGUCAGGCAUAUUGCCUACACCGCCAGCUACUUCGUCGGUGGUGACCAAUGCCUAUCAAGCUCAGCAAAAUAUGCAAAGACUGUAUCAACAGUCUUACAAUGCAGCUGUAGCCAAUUCGCCUUAUGCCAAUCUAAUGGCCACUUAUGGCCAUCAAACCCCCGUUUCGAGCACUUCGGUCUCGCCUUAUACAUCACAGACUAUCACAGUACCUUCGUAUUCAUAUGCCGGCUCUACACCCACGCCCUAUGCUUAUAGUGCUUAUCCCACAGCGGCCCAGGCAGCUGCUGCUGCCAAUGCCUCGAACUAUUAUGCCGAUGCUGCUGCCUUGGCCAAAGAGGUGGCCCAGAAAAAUUAUGCCAAUGCCAUAAAGGUGGCCAAUGCCAAUGCUAGUUCAUUGACGGGCAAGCCUUUGACAGCAGCUGCUGCUGCCUACUCAGGUAUGGCUUUGAAUAAGGCCUAUAUGGCUGCACCCGGCCAACAGGUUAUGGCUCAGCAUGCUGCCUUUAUGCAGGCGCAAGCCCAGGCUCAGGCUCAAGCCCAUCAGCAACAGCAACAAGCGGCUGUAGCAGCUAUGGCUGGUGCCCAAAUGCGCUCUUAUGGUGCUGGCACUCCCGUGCAUGCCGCUGCUGGCAAUUCGGCUCUGUUGCAACGACCUCCCACUGCUGCCGCCGGUUAUUUACAAGCUUCAACUAAUCCAGCCCUAUUAAGAGGUCAACACAUGGCUUUGCCCCCCGGUGCUAAUGCUCAAUAUGCCGCCGCCAUGCAGCAGCAUCAACAACAGCAAGCCGCCUAUUUCUUUCCCGGCAUGAUGGCCUCAGCGCCCGGUUAUCCUUUUGCCGCCAUGGGAGCUAUGCCCACAGCCAGUGGUUUACCGGCUGGCAUGACUCCCUCCGCCCAACUAGCAGCAGCUACGGCCUCUACAGCAGCCGCGGCUAACAGUGCUUUGGUUUUGAAUCCCUACAAGAAAAUGAAAACUUCUUAAGUCUUUCUUUAAAACCCCACCCCAAAUACCUAAACUUCUUUCUGCACCUUUAAGGCCCAGAGACUUAGUUACGACCUCACUUUACUUACACAAGUAAAAAGCUUUCAAAGAAGUUUAAAUUUCUUAAGACCUUUCCAAAAGCUACUCACAUACAUUAAGCUUUUGUUUGGUAUUAAGUUAAGCUGAACCUUAAACGAAAUAAGGAUAAACCCUCCUACCCCCUUUCAUGUACUUAAUUACAUUAAAUAAUUUUAAAUUACCACGAAAAAAAUAAUAUAAAAUAUGUACUUUAACCUUAAAAAGAAAACAAAUUUGUGCCUAGUUUUUAGAAACUUCUUAAUUGAUUAAUUAAUAUAGGUUUUGUUAGAUUUCGACCCUCCCUGAAAAUAUAAGCUCUCUUUUUAAUUAGUUUUUUAACAAUAUAGUUUAAAUCAAAAGCUCUUUUUAUUUGA